GGUGGACGGAAGUGGGGCAGGGUUGAGGGUUAUUUAAAGAAGGUGGGGGACGAGCGAAGGGGUUGGACGCUAGUAUUCCCUACCCCUGCUCUAGCAAGCUCUUUCUAGCGCAGCCACCGCUGUCGCCCAGGAACCUCCCUUCUCCCUUUCCUCGUCCCACCUCGUCUUUCCCGCUCCCAACGCCAUGGAGCCGGACACGGCCACAGAGGCAGCCACCGUGGCAGCCUCGGAUGCCAGAGCCACAAUCGUGGUCCUAGAGGAUGAGCAGCCCGGGCCGUCCACCUUUAAAGAGGAGGGAGCGGCUGCUGCCGCCACCGAAGCCACCACGGCCACUGAGAAGGGCGAGAAGAAGGAGAAAAUCACUUCUCCAUUUCAACUCAAACUUGCUGCUAAAACUUCCAAAUCUGAAAAGGAAAUGGACCCAGAAUAUGAAGAGAAAAUGAAAGCAGACAGAGCGAAGAGAUUUGAGUUUUUGCUGAAGCAGACGGAACUUUUUGCACAUUUCAUUCAACCUUCAGCACAGAAGUCUCCAACAUCUCCUCUUAACAUGAAACUGGCUCGUCCUCGAGUAAAGAAAGAUGACAAGCAGAGCUUGAUUUCUGUGGGAGACUAUCGCCACAGGCGCACAGAACAAGAGGAAGAUGAGGAGCUUCUGUCAGAGAGUAGGAAAACAUCGAAUGUGUGUGUUAGAUUUGAGGUCUCACCUUCUUAUGUGAAGGGAGGACCCCUGAGAGAUUAUCAGAUUCGAGGACUAAACUGGUUGAUCUCUUUGUAUGAAAAUGGAGUCAAUGGUAUUUUAGCUGAUGAAAUGGGCCUUGGGAAGACUUUACAAACCAUUGCUUUGCUUGGUUACCUGAAACAUUACAGAAACUUUCCUGGACCCCAUAUGGUUUUAGUUCCAAAGUCUACUUUACAUAACUGGAUGAAUGAAUUUAAACGAUGGGUUCCGUCUCUCCGUGUUAUUUGUUUCGUUGGAGACAAAGAUGUGAGAGCAGCUUUUAUUCGUGAUGAAAUGAUGCCAGGAGAAUGGGAUGUUUGUGUGACUUCUUAUGAGAUGGUAAUUAAAGAAAAAUCCGUGUUUAAAAAGUUUCACUGGAGAUACUUAGUCAUUGAUGAAGCUCACAGAAUAAAAAAUGAAAAAUCUAAGCUUUCAGAGAUUGUUCGUGAGUUCAAGUCAACUAAUCGCUUACUUCUAACUGGGACACCUUUGCAGAAUAACUUGCAUGAGCUCUGGGCAUUACUUAACUUUUUAUUGCCGGAUGUCUUUAAUUCUGCAGAUGACUUUGAUUCUUGGUUUGAUACUAAAAAUUGCCUUGGUGAUCAAAAGCUUGUGGAAAGACUCCAUGCAGUUUUAAAACCAUUCUUGUUACGCCGUAUAAAAACUGAUGUAGAGAAAAGUCUGCCUCCAAAGAAGGAAAUAAAGAUUUACUUGGGACUGAGUAAAAUGCAACGAGAAUGGUAUACAAAAAUUCUGAUGAAAGAUAUCGAUGUUUUAAACUCUUCUGGCAAGAUGGACAAGAUGCGACUAUUGAAUAUUCUGAUGCAGCUCCGAAAGUGUUGUAAUCAUCCUUAUCUGUUUGAUGGAGCAGAGCCUGGUCCACCUUAUACGACAGAUGAGCACAUUGUCAGCAAUAGUGGUAAAAUGGUAGCUCUGGAUAAGCUAUUGGCGAGAAUUAAAGAACAGGGAUCAAGAGUUCUCAUCUUUAGCCAGAUGACUCGACUGCUAGACAUUUUGGAGGAUUAUUGUAUGUGGCGUGGUUAUGAGUAUUGUCGACUGGAUGGACAAACCCCACAUGAAGAAAGAGAGGAAGCAAUAGAAGCCUUCAAUGCUCCGAAUAGCAGCAAAUUCAUCUUUAUGCUGAGUACUAGGGCUGGAGGACUCGGAAUUAACUUGGCAAGUGCUGACGUGGUUAUCCUAUAUGAUUCAGACUGGAAUCCUCAGGUUGAUUUACAAGCUAUGGAUCGGGCACAUCGCAUUGGUCAGAAGAAGCCAGUACGAGUCUUCCGUCUCAUUACAGACAACACAGUGGAAGAAAGGAUUGUAGAGAGAGCUGAGAUAAAACUGAGACUUGAUUCAAUUGUUAUACAGCAAGGGAGACUCAUUGACCAACAAUCCAACAAGCUGGCAAAAGAGGAAAUGCUACAAAUGAUACGCCAUGGAGCCACACACGUUUUUGCCUGUAAAGAAAGUGAGCUGACGGAUGAAGACAUUGUAACUAUUCUGGAAAGAGGGGAAAAGAAGACUGCAGAGAUGAAUGAACGCAUGCAGAAAAUGGGAGAGUCAUCUCUAAGAAAUUUCAGAAUGGACCUUGAACAAAGUUUGUACAAGUUUGAAGGAGAAGAUUAUAGAGAAAAACAGAAGCUUGGUACGGUGGAAUGGAUUGAACCUCCUAAACGAGAACGCAAAGCCAACUACGCAGUGGAUGCCUACUUUAGAGAGGCUUUACGUGUCAGCGAGCCAAAGGUCCCAAAGGCUCCUCGGCCUCCAAAACAGCCAAAUGUUCAAGAUUUUCAAUUUUUUCCACCACGCUUAUUUGAGCUCCUGGAAAAGGAAAUUCUUUAUUAUCGGAAGACUAUAGGUUACAAGGUCCCAAGGAAUCCUGAGCUCCCCAACCCAGCUAUAGCUCAAAGAGAAGAGCAAAAAAAGAUUGAUGGAGCAGAACCUCUUACACCACAAGAGAGUGAAGAGAAAGAUAAACUUCUCACACAAGGUUUCACAAACUGGACUAAGAGAGAUUUUAACCAGUUUAUUAAGGCUAAUGAGAAGUAUGGUAGAGAUGACAUUGACAAUGUAGCUCGAGAGGUAGAGGGCAAGUCCCCUGAGGAGGUCAUGGAGUAUUCAGCUGUAUUUUGGGAACGCUGCAAUGAAUUACAGGACAUUGAGAAAAUUAUGGCUCAAAUUGAACGUGGAGAAGCAAGAAUUCAGCGAAGAAUCAGUAUUAAGAAAGCACUGGAUGCCAAAAUUGCAAGAUACAAGGCUCCAUUUCAUCAGUUACGGAUUCAGUACGGAACCAGUAAAGGAAAGAACUAUACUGAAGAAGAAGACAGAUUCCUCAUCUGUAUGUUGCACAAAAUGGGCUUUGACAGAGAAAAUGUAUAUGAAGAAUUGAGACAGUGCGUACGGAAUGCUCCCCAGUUUAGAUUUGACUGGUUUAUCAAGUCGAGAACUGCCAUGGAAUUUCAGAGACGCUGUAAUACUUUGAUUUCAUUGAUUGAAAAAGAAAAUAUGGAAAUUGAGGAAAGAGAGAGAGCAGAAAAGAAGAAACGGGCAACUAAAACUCCAAUGGUUAAGGAAAUCGUCGUGAGUGUCCAACCAUUUGACAUUGUGACGUGGUGAUCUGCAAACGAGUUGGGCUGAAUUCAUCGCUGUCAUGGGUGUGGCCCUGAGGGUGUGGGUUGGACAACCUUUGUUACGUGUUAUAUUUAUUUAGCACCCAUCCAACACACAUGAAAUCUUAUUAAAUUCCAGGAACUGAGAGCAUGGUGGGACUGAAGGGAUGAAUACUCACAGUUUUAAGAUCAUGGUCUCCAGAGAAAAGCAUUCUCUCUCUCUCUCUCUCCCUCUCUCUCUCUCUCUCUCUCUCUCUCUCUCUCUCUCUCUCUCUCUCUCUGUGCAUGUCUGUGGUGUGUGUGUGUGUGUGUGUGUGUGUGUUUAGUCAUUUGUACGGAAGUCAGGGAAGGAUGUUGGGUGUCCCCUUCUGUCGCUCUCCAAGGUAUUUCUUUAAGAUGGGAAUGAACCUGAAUGAGGCUGGUGACCAGCAAUCCUCUUAUCCUCUGUAUCCACCACAAUGUUCCUGGGUUUAUAUGUACAUACAGCCAUAUUUGGCUUUUUUUCCUGUUGGUACCAGGGACUUGAGUAUUUGAAGUCUGAUUCUCAUGCUUAUUUAGCAAGUGAUCUGGCCCACUGAGGUAUCUACACAGUCUGUCUCUGAUUUUAAUCCAAACAGCUGGAAGAGUGGAUAUAAACUUAUAAGAUCCUUCCAUGCAAAUGUAAUAUAAAGAAAGACCUUAUUUAGGCAGGUACAGCCUGGCUUGGCUUGGCAGCUGACAGCAGGGUGGAUUUCAUCUCCUUGAUGAUUAUAUGUGGUGGUUCUGAGAACUGUUAUGACAGAGUUAUUUCCCAUAUGCUGGCAGUAGGAGUUGGAAAAUUCUUGAGUUUUGCAGAAAAUGGCAUUUGGCCAAAUAUAGAUGCAGGAAAGAAUGUAAGAAUCUGUGCAAAAGGAGAGGUAUAAAAUAGCUGGGAGAUUAGGGAAAUUAGAAAUGUUUUAAUCAACAGAUGAUAUUUUUGGACUCUUGUUUUCAAUAAAGAGGUGACAAUUCUAUUAAAUACUAUGGUUAUACUAUUUUAAAAUUGAUAUUUAUUCAUCUUUCUAGGAAAAUGCAAAAUAAUAUGAGCUACAUGUUUUUUUGAGUUUUCAUCUCUAUUAAGAGUUUUGCUUUCAGUUGGUAAGAAUACACAUUUUUAAGGUUAUUUGAGGUCAUCUAGUGUUUUUUUUACAGGCCUUGGGCUUAGACAAAGAGCCGUGAUCAACAGAGAAUAAAUGAGUCAGUGAAAUAGCACUUAUUCAAAAAGAUUAUUGAACAUCUUGCCACUGAAUUAUGGUUCUGUGUCUCCUUUGUGCAACAUUAAAUCAUACUUUCAGAGCUUUGAGAUUUUUGGAGACCAUUGGCUGUAAUCUCAUUUCAAAAAUGAUUUUAUUGUACUUCUAAAAAUGGUACAUGUUCAUUAUAAAAAUUCCAGCCAUUCAAAAUAAAAUGUUGAGAGCUAAAAUUCCCUUAAAUCUUGUCAUCCUGCAAUGACAAUGCUUAACUAUCCAGGUUAGCUGGAUUCCUUAUAUGUCAUUGUGUACCUAAAGACCGGUGGUAAGUAAAAGGAACCAUUUUUAUGAAAUUUGGAUCACACUAUACAUAUUUUAAUAAAAAUGUAAUUUUGCUAGGAUUUAGUGGAAUAUAUAAAAUAAUAUAAAAUGGAGACAAACAUUCAUAUCUUGCUAGGGAUAUCAAUUUCCAACAGAUACCUUUAAAGUUGAGGAAAAAGUGAUGAAAAUACUCAAAAGUUGGUGUCCUUAUGUUUUUUCAAACCUUUUUUCAAUUGUAAAUAGUAUUGAUUGAUGCCCUGUUAUGACAAGUGAGAAAAUCCCAUGUAUUUUCUUCUUUAAACAUUAUUUUAUUUCUAAAAUGAUUUAUUACAUUGUCAGGAUUGUAACAUUUGCUUUACGUUGAAGGAACCAUUUAUAGAUUGUUUGCCAGUUAAUAAAGACAAAACUCUAGAAACUUA